GGUGUGUGUGUGUGACUCACAAGGGGUCGUCCACUCUCCCGUCUCUCUCACUCACUCACUCGCCCCGUCGCUCGCUGUUGUCACCAACGCCGCAGCCGCCGCCGUCCGCGUGUGCCCGUGCUGAAGCUGUUUCCACGAGUUCGUAGGGGCGAGUGAACGGAGAGAGCGCCGCGAUGGAAGCCAUCAAGAAGAAGAUGCAGAUGCUGAAGGCGGAUAAGGAGAACGCCAUCGACCGGGCCGAGCAGGCCGAGACGGACAAGAAGGCGGCGGAGGAGAAGGCUCACAGCGUGGAGGACGAGCUGCAGGCGCAGCAGAAGAAGCUCAAGGGCACGGAGGAUGAACUGGACAAGUACUCCACGGCGCUCAAGGAUGCGCAGGAGAAGCUGGAGCAGGCGGAGAAGAAGGCGGCCGACGCCGAGGCUGAUGUGGCAUCGCUGAACAGGCGCAUCCAGCUGGUAGAGGAGGAGUUGGACAGGGCGCAGGAGCGCCUCUCCACCGCUCUCCAGAAGCUCGAGGAGGCUGAGAAGGCGGCUGAUGAGAGCGAGAGAGGCAUGAAGGUGAUAGAGAACAGGGCUUCCAAGGAUGAGGAGAAGAUGGAACUGCAGGAGAUCCAACUGAAGGAAGCCAAGCACAUCGCCGAGGAGUCCGACCGCAAGUAUGAGGAGGUGGCACGUAAACUCGUCAUUCUUGAGGGAGAUCUAGAGCGGACAGAGGAGCGUGCCGAAGUUGCCGACGCCAAGUGCUCUGAGCUGGAGGAGGAGCUCAAAGUUGUCACCAACAACCUCAAGUCUCUUGAGGCGCAGUCAGACAAGUACUCGCAAAAGGAGGACAAAUAUGAAGAAGAAAUUAAAAUUCUUACUGACAAGCUGAAGGAGGCUGAGACCCGUGCCGAGUUUGCCGAGCGUUCGGUAGCCAAGCUGGAGAAGAGCAUUGACGACCUGGAAGAUAAACUGGGUCACGCCAAGGACGAGAACCUGAAGCUGAACCAAGCCCUGGAACAGACCCUGCAAGAGUUGCACAACUUGUAAGGGGCGGCGUCAUACCCUUCCGCUCAGCCGCCCGCACGGUCCUCUUCCCGUCAAGGAACUCUCUCCACACUUGCACUGCCUCCAGCCACCCUCCCCUCCUCCUACCCCCUCCACCCUCCCCACUACUCCUCCCAUCAGUGCAUCUAAACCCCACACCAUCGACAUCGCUGUCGCACGACUCUGCACAAACCCAGCACCUCUCUAAGCCUCUAUCUCUUUCUUCAACUUUGUAAUUGCUCCUUCCUGCAGAACAAUUAAGGGACUGCACCUGCAGUGUUGUACAAGCACAAACCUAAAAUAUUUUGGCUACCUGUCUUUGUUAACACUGCCUUAUAACAUUACUACGAUUGUGACUCUUAUCAUGUCUGCUGUAAGACUGUGUUAAUGGACGUUGUUUUAAGUUUGUCCCCCCCGCCCCUCUGCCUGUGUCGAUUCCUGUCGCCACGUUGACGUUGUGGGGGGGGGGGGGGAGGGAGUCUGCGUUGUUGGCUUUGCUGGGAAGUUGCUGGCACUCUGUUUGGUGGCGCCGGUGGUGGUGGCGCACAACCACCACCGGCACUCCCACACGUCUGCUACAGAUGGCAGCGUGUGGUUUAGCACAUUUUUUUUUAUUCGUGGUUAACAUUUUGUCGUUGCUAGCAUUGUGCGUUAGUGACCCAAGCUGAAUCACGGAUGUCACUGCUGCUGCUGCUGUUGUCUCCCCCUGUUGGAAUUGGCCGAUGGAGAAGCGACCGAACCUUGGAGACGAUUAGGGGAAUGAAGGCAGAGGUGGUAAAUUGUUUGAGGGCCCCUAACCAAAGGGGUUUGUCCCCUCGCUCAUCUCAACGCUUUUCACCGCUGGCUCAGAAUUGUCCUGUUUUUAUUCUCACUCCCACUUUGGCCAUAAUUGGAGAUUGAUUUCUUUUUUUAAUUCGUCACACCUUGUUCGUGAUCGCCACAACUCCCCUCCCUUGUAGUCAGCCUAAAUAAAUCCCUUUUUUUUAAAGGUGAAAACCCAUUCAGUUAUCGUUUCAGAUAGACAAUUCAGGUGGGAGUUUGGUGAUGUGAGCGCAGCAGUGCCGUCGAGUCCCGUCUGUUUAGAGUUUUGAGUUCGUGAAUGUGAAUUAAGCCUCGUGUGUGGUGUUCCUAAAAGUUUUUUUUAACCUCGUUGCUUAUACUCUGGGGGGGGGGGGGUGUGAAAGGAGUGCACCCUUCCAUAACUUCCUUACUAUAUAUGAGAUGUCCCCCCUCCUUGCUUCUUGAAGACCUAAGGUGCACAGCAAUUUCACUGCAAUCUACGUGAGCCUGGCGUGAAGGUGAUGGAUUGAUCGCAUCGCAAAAUUGCCACGCUUUUUGCAUCGUCCGUUGCCCCAUGCAAUCGGAGGUUGCCACGCCCGUUCCCCACCCUGUGGACGAGAGGCAAAAUCCAAUAUUUUUUUGUCAAUCGGGGCCGUGACCACAAUCCAACAUUGGCCUGUUCGGUGAGCGAAUUAGUCGUGCGUUUAUGUGUGGUGGAGAGUGGUGUGGAGUAAAUAUCGCCAUUGGGGAGACAAAGGGGGCCGGGCGUGGUGUUGGGCACCACACCCCUCGUGUGCUGUGCCAGCCUUCAUCGGUAUUCAAUAACAGCACUUGUCCCAACAGUCUGUUAAGGCUACACGGGGUAUCUGUGUCUUUGUAGUAGUUAGCGCACUGCUCUUGAUCAAGUAAGCGAACCCGUGUGUGAUCACUCGGCCACAAGCAAACAUCGGUGGCGAAUAUCUGAGCCAGCACUGGUCCUCCCCUAAGUGGACCCAACCAUAAAUGAGUAGCUAAUGAAGCAUGUAAACAUCAGCACUGGGGAGACAAAGGUGGCCGAGACAGCUGGUGGGCAACGUUACUCCUUCGUGGGCAAUAUCUGCCUUAAUAGCUGCCUCGCUUAAUAGUAUCUUCCACGCAGUUUGUCCCACUCGUAUGGGGUCCGCUGUCCUUGCCAACCUUCUCCACACUGCCCUGUCCUGUGCCAUCUCUUCCCGCUUCUCGGGCAACCGUGUCCGACCGCACCAUAUCGCCCCACCUCUUCUGCCUUCCUCCUGAUCUUUCCUUCCACUUGCAUCACUUGCACCUUCUGACCCACAUACUUUUCCUGCUCUCCACAUGACUGAACCACACCAGCCUUUCUCAUUCUGUGAUUUCUACCACCUUGAAUCUUCCUCUCACUUCAUUUCUCACCCUGUCCUUGUUAAACCCAACAUCUACCGCAACAGCCUCAUCUCUGUGACUGACAUGGUAUGUAUAUGGCUAAAUGGGGAGGGAAUCUUUUGAGUGUGGGUUGUGGGGAGUGGUCGUGUCGUGGUAAGCGCACUGGGCUACGAACCCGGCGACCCGAGUUAAGAUUCCCGCUCAUGGCCAACACCAGCAACGAUAAUUAUCUGACGCUGUCCCGAGCCUCCCCUAGGUCGACUCGGCGUCAAUAGAGUACCUGGUGUGGUUUGUAAACAUCACCACGAGGGAGACAAUAGUGGCUGGGCGUGGUGUUGGCCACCCACCCCUCGUGUGCCGUGCCGCCCUUAAUCGGUGCUGCUCGCGAACAGCACUAGCCCCAACAGUCUGUUCAGGCUACACGGGGUAUCUUUGCAUUUGUUUUGUUAUAAGUAGGUGUGUGUGUCUGGCAGUAUUGCCUUUGAUUACAUUGCACGCGGUUGCAUAGUGUUUCACCACGAAUCUAUUGGGUUGCAGUGCAAUCGGAUUGCAUUGAAAUUGGGCCGUGCAUCCCGGGACGUAAGUGGUGCUACCUGUAAAGAUCAUGGUUGCAGUAUAUUAUAUUUUGUAUUUUAAUCUCCAAAUUAAACUACCCACUUAGAAAUGUACUCCCUGGUAUCUAGUUAAGACAGUUUAUAUGCAACAAUUAUCAACUCUUAAAUUCGUUUUCCAAGAUUGUUUUAGGCGUUGAACACGAGAACAAUUUCUCUCUCCGUGAGAUUUGUGCGAUUUUUGCUUUUGCUCCGCAAGAAAGCCCUCCCCAAACCAUUCCAUGCCAGAACCACCAAAAGGCCCUGCGUAAUUUGCUCCCGUUUAAAAUUCAGAACUGUAAUAUCUUUGCCUAAACAUUCCAAGUCAUUGACAAGUGGCGUCUCUGUUUGCGAUUGUUAAUAAAGGCGUGACUUGCUGGUGCGCAGUUUUUUUCCCCCCCAUUCACACUUUUGUUUUUGUCUCGCCUUGUUCACAAGUGAUGGUAAACAAAUUCUAACGUUCUAUAGAUGGUGGUGGUGAAGGUGAUAAUCACGUGGAAAAAUAACCUCGUCGUCACACAGACGAGUGAGCAGGCAGGGAAUAAAUGAGGAAUAUUAAAUUGAUGCAAAUUGCGAUUUAUAGACCGCCAAAGGCGCACAAUUGCAACCAGUCGAAUCAUUCCUUACAUCGUGCGGGUCCAGCGUGUGUGUGAUCUUCAUUUUUUGUUGGGGGAAAUUCCACAUUUCCGUGACGGGAGCAUGAAGUUUAAUUCCGUGUGCGCGACCUCCGUUGAUAUCAAGUGGUGUGUGUGUGUGCCUGCACCCCACUCUCCGUUUUUGGUUUAUAAUCGAGCGUGGAGACAGUGAGCAGUCAACCCCCCCUCACCCAGCAGUCGGGAAUCGAACUCAGCGCCAACACAGCAGGGUCGGACAGACUCAUAUCGUGUAAACUUUUAAUUUGGAAACCCAAGUCAUCGGUCAAAUUAUUCGUUUCUAGUUCAGCAAUAAUCCCUUGAAACAAAAUAUAUAGGUGUGGUUUUGUUUUAAGUGAAGUCUGUUGAUGAAGAGCAACAAUUGUGGUUCUUGCAAAAUUCAGUUCAAAUGUUUUGGUGCAUGUUAAGUUUAAAUGUACUGCUUUUGUGCCGACUUAACCGCCCGCCCCCGUAAUAAUAAUGUGUGUACAUAAUCUUACAGAACACCGUGAGGAAACCUAAACCAACGUGCAGGGACGUUUAUGGCUAAAUAAUUCGACUGAAAUAAUGUAAUUCCAGAGGCCCCGUGUAGGCACGCCCGAAUGAAGUUUAUGCAUAUGGAAAAUCCAGUUGAGGUUCAUUAGAAAUGUCUGUUAUUGUCCUGUAGCGAACGUGAAAUACCCGUACUUCGUCGGAGCUGAUGCGGUUUUUAUCAAAUUGUUGAUGUGCCAUUUAAGAAAAAAAAUGUUACUCUUCGUUCUUAAAGUCAUACUUUUAUUCAUUCUUAGUACACAUUAACUCAAUACAUUACACAAGUGUCUGCAGUCCGUAAAAUAAACCAUUUUGAAUAAAAAAAAA